CAGAUUCAUCGAACUAAUGGAUGCUAAAAAUAUGCCGAUCUGGGCAAUAUCAACUGGCAAUGAGCCACUUAACGGUAUUGCGUUUUUCUUCUUCGUUCACUUUAUGAGUCUUGGAUGGGUACCAAGGAAUCAGGCUGUUUGGUUGAAUGAUUUCCUUGGACCCACUAUUCGCAAAUCGAAAUUCAAAGACAUUUUAAUAUUUGGAAAUGACGAUCAACGUUAUUCUUUCCCAGCUUGGUUUAAAGACGUAAGUUAA